CUUGUGAUCUUUCCCCAACCUAGAACAAGGAAGCCCACCAAGGGCAGCCACACGUCUACGGUCUCUCUCUCUCUCUCUCUCACACACACACACACACAUUUGUUGCAGAACAUAUAUUCCAACGUUGGUUGCUUUCCUUCUCGUCUUGCUCAACCUGGUUGAGAGACAAUCAGAAGGUGGGAGAUAUUAUUGGACAUGGAGAAACCCAGCUCGGCAAUCAUCAAUGGAGGGAUCAAGCUGCCUAUCGGCUACCGCUUCCAUCCCACCGAUGAAGAGCUUCUGGUUCACUACUUGAAGCGGAAGGUCUUGGCUAUGCCAUUGCCCGCUUUAGUCAUUCCUGAGUUCGAUGUUUUCCAGACCGAUCCUUGGGGCUUGCCAGGUGAUUUGAAGGAAAAGAGGUACUUCUUUAGAACUAGAAAGAGGAGAAGUGUGGAUAACAGCAAGUGCUGCAAGAGAGCUGCUGGCUCUGGUUACUGGAAGCCUAUUGGGAAAGACAAGCAAAUAUUAGCUUCUGAGAGCAACCAAGCAGUACUUGGGAUAAGGAGGAGUCUAGUUUUCUGCGAGAGGAAGCGUUCCAAUGGAAGUAAAACAAGAUGGGUCAUGCACGAAUAUCGUCUUGUGACUCUUGUGGGCUCUGGAACACACCCCUACUCCACCCAGGUCUCUGAGAUGGAAAUGGAAGAUUGGGUUGUCUAUAGUGUAUUUCAGAGAAAGACAGCCCCUGCAAAACAAAGGUUCAUUUCUCAGCGCUCUAACACCAAGAAAACUCUGAGAUUGGAGGUGAUGAUUAGUCCAAUGGAAAACAGCUCUGAUUUAGGUCCUCCUCAACCUUCUUCAUCAUGUUCGAGUGAAAUCACAGAGGUCUCCUCUAAUGGGUUAGAUCAGGAAGAAACAAGCUCCAAUCCUUGGUUUAAUUCUUCAUAUAUGAGAGAGCCUUAAAAAAAAUUUACUUCUAAUCUGAUAUGCAACUGUUGUGCAACAAAAGAGAAUGGCCUAAAAGAAAAGAUUUAACUGUUUCAGGGGCUCAAGAGAUUGUGUUGUGCAAGCAAAUCCUUAAUUAUCAAUUUAAUAAUAUUAUUCUUUCCCCCAUGGCCA